UGUUUUUUGGUAAAUGUAAGAGGGGUAAUACAUUUAGUUUUAACUGGUUACUAAAUAUAAUGCUGGUGAGUUCUCAGGAAUAAAUACUAGUAUACUAAUACUCAGUUAAGUAUUAGUCUUUUUUUUAAAAAAUGUAUAAACGUGUUUCAUACAAACUUAACUACUGUACAUCUAUCUAACCUCAAAUAAAACCCAACAGGAGGCAAGUUGUUGUUUCGCUCACAGUCAGACGGGGACAAAGGCUCCAUCACUCAGUCAGUCUGGGUGAACAGCAGGGUUAUUUUCUCAGUCUGGUUCUGUUCUGGUCUGCUCUGUUCUAUUCUGUCUCUGUGCUCGGGAAGGAAGAAAAGAAAAAAAAAACUCUGUACUGAGUCGUGACUGUCUGCUUGGCUCUCAGUCUGAAAGAACUCCGGAAACAAGUCUACAGAUGGAGAGGUGGGCUGCAACAUCCGCGUGAUGAUCGGCCGAGCACCAAUGGCUUUGCGCCGAGCUGCGUGAGGACACCGGCAUCCCCUGCGGUGCGUGAGGAACUGGGCGGAGCCUGGGGAAGCUCGUCCGCGGUGCGUGGGUGGCAGAGUGUAAAGUAAAAAGGAGCCGCAGCGGCGCCUGUUCAUCAGACAGCUGAAGAGAGCAGAGCAGAGCGGAACUGAACUGAACUGAACUGAACUGAGAGAAAGACAUUUCAGCACCAGCCCGACUGGACAGCGACACUUAGUCUCAACUGCGGCUCCGUUGACAAAACCCAACAAAACACACUAUCGUCGUCAUGGUUCUGAUCUGGACACAGUUUGGUGUGAAGAGCAAAAACGUCAACGUCAAAUGCAAAGUGCGAGUCAUGCACAGAGGCGACAGCUCAGGCUCCACGUCUUCGUCAACGGAAAGCCCCAGGUCUGAGCAGGACACUCCCUGCCUUUCCAUAAAACCAACAGGCAAAGAUUUCUACAAAGUCCUGGGCGUCACCCCUGACUCCAAUGAAGAUGAGAUCAGGAAGGCCUACAGGAAGAUGGCUCUCAAGUUCCACCCGGACAAGAACAGCGAUGCCGACGCCGAGGACAGGUUCAAAGAGAUCGCAGAGGCUUACGAGAUCCUGGCCGAUCCAAAGAAGAGAAGCAUAUAUGACCAGUUUGGAGAAGAAGGCCUUAAGAGUGGAAUAACACUGGCAGGUCAGGCCAACGUUUUCCGCAACAAUUCCCACGGCGAUUCCCAUCCCAACUUCUCCUCCUUCCACGGCUCCGACCACUUUGACAUCUUCUUCGGCAGCGACUUUGACAGCGAGGAAGAUCUUUUCAACCCUUUCAGACAGUUCCCGUUCAGCCACCUGGGAGGCUUCGCCAGCAACGAGAGCGGCCUGCGAAGAGGUCAGCGGCGUCUGCAGGGCGAUGCCGUGGUGCACGACCUGCCGGUGAGCCUGGACGACGUGAUGCAGGGCUGCACCAAGCACGUCAAGAUCACCCGCAGUCGACUCAACCCUGACGGCCGCACGGUGCGAUCCGAAGACAAGGUGUUGAAUGUGGUGGUGAAGAAGGGCUGGAAGGCCGGGACCAAGAUCACCUUCCCCAGAGAGGGAGACGAGACACCCAACAACACCCCGGCCGACAUCACCUUCAUCCUCAGGGACGAGGAGCACCCUCAGUACAAGAGACGGGGCUGCCACAUUGUCUACACAGCCAAGAUCACCCUCAAAGAGGCUCUCUGCGGUUGCACAGUCAACGUGCCCACGCUCGACAACAGGAUGAUGCCUCUGCCCUGUAGUGAUGUCAUCAAACCCGGUGCUGUCCGGCGGCUGAGAGGCGAAGGUUUGCCUCUGCCCAAGAGUCCGUCUCAGCGCGGCGACCUGGUGGUGGAGUUCCAGGUGCUCUUCCCCGACAGGAUCCCACCGCAGUCCCGCGAGAUCAUCAAGCACAGUCUGGCCAAGUGCUAAUUCGCCUUAACAGCACGACUGACGCGGCUCCGAUGCGAGCGUGCGAUGUCAUCGAUUCACAGAUAUAGCCUUGUCACGAGGUGCUUUUUAUGACAACCGACCAUAACCUCCAGGGCUGGAGCGAGCUGUGGUUCAGGCAGGACUUUGUGACUGUCUGCAGGUGUUACGUGUGAUGUCACAUGAGAACUGAGUUCUGCAGUGAUGAAUAGAGUCUUUGGUAUCUAAGGGCAUACACUGACCGAAAAGCCUUUCACUUGAAGGAAAAGCUUCUCUGUACCGUUAUACCUGCAGACCAACGGCAGGAUGUCAGUGUGGUAUUCGAGUCUGUAUAGACUUCUUUAACCUGAACGGUGAAAACGUGAAGAAAACGUUAUAUGGUUUUCAUAUGACUAAUCCUUUACAGUGAUUUUGUUACAAUAGCAUAAUGAACUUGUGUACAAAGAUCUACUUUGUGUACAAAAUACAAGAACUUUGUCUCUAAGAGAGAUUCCUGUGUCAAAUGUUCUAUUGAAUUAUUACCAGGUUUAUAUACUGCAGAUGGUUGAACAGCCGAGUGUCUAUGUAUCGUUAUCUUAUACCGACUUGUUUAGAAGCAUGAAAAAAAUAAAAAUAAAAGCAAAAUUUUGA